AUGGUGAACAUCACAGAAAAGAUCAAAGAAAUUGAAGAUGAGAUGCGCAGGACGCAGAAGAACAAGGCCACAGAAUACCAUCUUGGUCUUUUGAAGGGAAAGCUUGCUCGUCUAAGAGCUCAGCUCCUAGAGCCUACAGGCGGCUCCGGUGGUGGUGGUGUAGGAUUCGAUGUGAGCAAGAGCGGUGAUGCCCGUGUGGCUCUCGUCGGUUUCCCAUCCGUCGGUAAAUCGACAUUUUUGAGCAAGAUCACCAAGACCAAGAGUGAAGCUGCCGCGUACUCUUUCACCACGUUGACUGCCAUUCCCGGUGUGCUGGAAUAUGGGGGUGCGGAGAUCCAGAUUCUGGAUCUUCCCGGUAUCAUCGAGGGUGCUGCUGAGGGAAAGGGAAGAGGUCGUCAGGUUAUUUCUGCUGCGAAGACAAGUGACUUGAUCCUGAUGGUUCUCGACGCCACCAAGAAGGCAGAGCAGCGUGCACUCCUAGAAGCGGAAUUAGACGCCGUUGGUAUUCGACUGAACAAGGAACCACCAAACAUCUACCUCAAACAAAAGAAAGCAGGCGGAGUAAAGAUCACCUUCCAGACUCCCCCCAAAUACCUCGACGAGAAGAUCAUCUUCAACGUGCUCCGUGAUUACAAGAUGCUUAAUUGUGAAGUGCUGAUCCGAGACGAAUACGCAACAAUCGACGACUUCAUCGACGUCAUUAUGAAGGACCACAGAAAAUACAUCAGAUGUCUCUACGUAUAUAACAAAAUCGACAGCGUCAGCAUCGACUUCCUAGAUCAACUCGCCCGUGAACCCCAUACCGCCGUCAUGAGUUGUGAACUUGAUCUCGGCGUGCAGGAGGUAGUUGAGCGGAUCUGGAGAGAACUUCGGUUGAUCAGAAUUUAUACUAAACGGAAGGGAGAAGAGCCUGAUUUUAGCGAGGCGUUGAUCGUACGGAACAAUUCCUCCAUCGAGGAUGUCUGCGAUAACGUUCACAGGACAUUGAAGGAGUCUUUUAAGUAUGCUUUGGUGUGGGGUGCGAGUGCGCGCCAUGUCCCGCAAAGGGUGGGAUUGUCACAUAUUGUGGCGGACGAGGAUGUGGUUUCGAUAGUUGCUAAGUAA